GUCGCUUUAGUCGGGUUUCUGCGCUUGCCGGUGAAGGGUGUAUAUCUCGCGCGGCUUUAUAAUUUCCGUACGAGUAGUUUUAAUAAUUGAAUAUUUAUCAAUUAAAAGUAUCGUUACUUUUAGGUAUAGUUUUGGAAGAACAAGUGAUAGCAUAUUUAAGUGUGUAACAGUUCUUGUUUAGUGUGUUUUAAUGAGCCAUAUUUUUAUAUAGUGUAUAAAAAUAAGAAGAUCCUCAGUUCCAGUUAACAUGGCUAAAACAGAAAAGUCAUUUACGAGAAAGUUCCCAGGCUGUCUAACAUGCGUCCAAGUGCUGAACAUCAUGGUGCUUUUAGGAUUCAUGUUGAACUACGCUCUCCGAGUGAACCUGACCAUAGCCAUCGUGGAGAUGAUAUACGGCGACAAAGACAACCACACAGCCAUCUUGAACUCCACUCACGAGUCACUCAACGUCACACAGCACCCAGAGACGGUACAGCAGACUCGAUACCACUGGGACACAAAGCAGAAGAACCACCUUCUGGGCUGCUUCUUCUGGGGCUACGUGCUGACAGAACUGCCUGGCGGGCGGCUGGCAGAGGUCAUCGGUGCUAGGCGAGUGUUUGGCUACAGCACACUGCUAGCCAGCAUCCUGACGCUGCUCACUCCUGGUGCCGCAGCUUUAGGGUUCGGAUGGGCAGUAGCAUCUAGGGUAGUCUUGGGCUUCCUGCUCGGGGCUACGUGGCCAGCCAUCCUGCCAAUGGCGUCAAAAUGGAUCCCUCCUAUGGACAGAUCCAAAUUUAUGUCUAAUAUGAUGGCCUCGUCCCUCGGCGCCGCUAUCACGAUGCCGAUCUGCGGAUUUCUCAUAGCGCACUUCGGCUGGGAAUCCGCUUUCUAUUUUACUGGUAUCAUCGGCGUGAUGUGGUCAGUGGCGUGGUUCGCCGUGGUCUACGACACACCAGCGCAGCACCCUCGGAUCUCGGAGACGGAGCUACAUUACCUCACGAAGGUGUUGCCCCAAGAGGAUUCAACAAAGGGGCACAUGCCUGUGCCCUGGCGCAGCAUCCUGACCUCCCCGCCAGUGUGGGCCAUCAUCAUCACGCACGGAGCCUCUGUGUUCGGCUACUUCACCGUGGUCAACCAACUGCCAACCUACAUUGAGAGCAUACUGCAUUACAGCAUCAAACACAAUGGCCUGCUCUCGUCACUGCCGUAUCUCGGCAAAUACCUGUGCGCACUCGCAUCCUCAGUGCUGGCGGACAGUCUCCGCAGAACCGGCAAGAUGUCCACCACCACUGCGAGGAAACUCUUCACCGGCUUCGCUGUCGGUUUACCAGGUCUGCUGAUGCUGGCGGAAGCCUUCUUCGGCGAAGACCGCAUCUGGUCCAUCGCCAUCUUCACCAUGGCCCUCACCAUCAACGGCGCAGUCACCGCCGGCUACCUCGGGAACGGAUUGGACAUCGCUCCUAACUUCAGUGGUACAAUUUUCGGCAUGGCCAACACCCUGUCGUCGUUCGGCGGUUGGCUGUCUACCUUUAUGGUCGGGGAACUUACCAAAGACAAUAACACAUCAGCGCAAUGGCAGAUAGUGUUCUUCAUAUUAGCCGGCACGUACCUGUGCGGUGCUCUGUGCUUCGUGAUCUUCGGCUCCGGAGAGCUGCAGCCGUGGAAUGCGCGCGCGCAACCCAAGGCCGAGGUGCAACCGCUCAACGAUGAAAAGGUAGCGGCGUAGGUGUAGAGAAAUUUACAGAUAAAAUGUAAUUAUAUAGGUAAGUUAAAAUGCAAAAGCUGAUUUGGUCAUUUUUAAGUAGCAAAAUAUAAAAUGUAAGUAAAAGUAUGAAAACUGGAAUGGGUACAUCAUGUUGAGGCAUGCCUUAUCUUGUCUCUUUUCGUUAUCUUCUGUUAACAUGAGAGAAGUAAGAUAAGACACAUGCACUUAUCAAAGUUCGUGAAUAGCCCCCUAAAACCCCAGUGAGUUUUCAUUUUGAGAAGCAUUCAUUAAUUGUUUUUUUUUUAAAUUGAGGAUUUAACAAGCAUAUGAUACAAAAUUGUAUUUUCACAAACUAGUUAGGAUGUUUUUUUCUGGAGAACUAUGUUCUUUGUAUAUUGCUGAUGGCAGAGAUUUUGAUAACUUUAUGCUAAAAAUGUUAAAUCAAAUUCUGCCUUGCAUUUAACUUAACAAAUACACAAAUUAGCGCCACAUAUACAGAUAAAAAAUUAAAAUUACACAAUAUAAUAAAUAAAUAAUUAAUAAAAUAAAUAAUUAAAAUAGCUGCUGAAUAGUAUUAGGCAGACCAACAAGCAAAAGUGAUAAUUGUUAAGUUAAAUGUCUUAAAGAAAAUAAUACCUAAUAAAAAAAAACUCAAAAAAAAAAGGCUGUUAUAAUAAUGAUUGUGAUGUAUUUAUAAAGACCGGCGCGCCAAGGACUCACGAAUGGAGAGUUGGAAACCCGACUCAAUGUUGUUAGGUUAGUUUUAAGUGGUUUUAAACAAGAUGGUACAGUCAACCGCGUGAAAAGGUGGCCGACGAUAAAUGGCCGACGUAUACUAUUACACGGGAUUUAGUAAUUGUGAAUUGUCUUUCAUAAUAAACUCGUUGUUUAAGGAAAAGUGAUUAUCCUCAUCCACCAUCCUCACCACUCUGGAUUCCUAUCCGGAAUGGUGAGGAUACUCGGGGUAAGCUCCUGACCAUGGAUGUUGGAUUGGGUGAGUCACGUUUUUACACUGAGCGACUCCCAUCUGACCUCCGUUAUAUUUAUGAUUAUAGUCUAGCAGCUCUAAGAGGCGACAUCUAAUUGUGUGGUUGACUGUACCACCCGACUGAAGGUAGUUUUGUUGCCCUGGCUUUUGGUGUGAUAGCCAUGCUUAGCAUAUGGGUCAUUUUCACUCCUUGCAUACCCCAUUUGAAGAUAUGUCAUAUAUUUGUUCUCAAAAAAUUUUUGAAAAUAUUUUUGUUGGUUUCCAUAAGAUCAAUAUUAAAUUAUUAUUAAAAAUUCGCAGGUAUAUAGAAAAUCUCGACAUACCUAUAUUUUUUAUGUACAGUGCACCACAUAUGAAAGCAUACCAUGUCAAUAAGUCCUAUCCUAAGAUACAAUAGUGAUACACUUUCAUAUGUAAUGCACUGUACAAAAUUAGAUUUUGUUCAAUGAGAUAUAGUAACGUUCAAUGUUAUCCACAAUAUGGCCCAAUGUGUUGCACAAAGUAUGUUCCUAUAUGCUUAGCGAGUCGAACUGAUAGUUAAGAUAUAGUCAGUUUUUUAUAUUUCGGGACCAAGUUAACGGACAACAAAACAUUUUCGUAUGUAUAAGUACUUGCCAUUAUAAUGUAAAAUUGUAAUAACAGAUUAAGGGAUCGUCUUUUUGUUAUUAGAUUGAUUCAUUUAUUGCAUCGGUAACUUCCAUGAAAUUAAUAAAAUAAUAAAUAAAAUGCAAAAAUUAUGAAACUAAGGAUAAUAGUACUGAUUCCCUAAUUAAAAAGUCCCCUAAUAGCAACAUCAUUGGCGGAUAAAUAUCUAAAAUUUUUUAUAUUUUUACAACUUAAUACAUUAACAAAAAGGUUCUUAUACAUACGAAUAUGAACUCUAUCUUCAUAAUUUAGUAAUUUUAAUAAGUAGGUAUCAAUUAUUUAUUUUUCUACAUCGUCGAAGUAUUUAGGAAAUUCUGAGCCUUUCUCAUCCAGUGCUAAUGACAGCCAUAGACAAGUUUCUGUUCUUUUACCAUAAGAAAUAGAUUUUAAGAUAGCCAUGUUUGCAAUUAAUUUUACAAGGGACAAUGCAUCGCGAUUUUGUGCAUUUCGCCAGCUGUGAUAAAGAGGCUUGUCUAUGGUUCUCAAAUUUUUGUUCUUAAGCAUUCUAAAGGGCUUUAUGGAGCAAUCUCACAUGUCAACACCAGAGUUUUGGUUUUCUUUGUAUUUAUAUAAAAAAGGCUGUUCUGAAAACUCAUGAUUAAAAAAAAAUAUAACAUCAGUUGACGAAAGCAAAAAUUAAAUGGGUUGACCAUAGAGUUCUUUAUGCUCUCGAAUUCGAAAAUCGAAUCUGAAAUGGCUAAUAGUAGUACCUAAAUUACAAUCAGUAUUUAUUACACAUUUCUUUUUAUUGGACGUUUGUAUUCACAGACAAAGAAGUCUAUUUUCCAACGAUUGCAGGGUAAAAGCCAUAGUACAUUUGACAAUCAAUAACUAAGUGUAUUAUUAUGUUGUGUCUGUGGAAUAUUUAACGUUAUUUACAAUAUUUACAAGCUCAUUUAUUUGACAUAGUUCGUAUGUAUGAAAAAGUUUCUUUAUAAACGGCCCGGCCCGUGGUUAUACCCCUUCCUAUGUCCAAAUAAUAACCAGUUACAAAUGGUCAAAAGGUUCACUGGUAUUUUAUACAAGGUGAAUUUUCAAUCGUUAAAGAAAAAACUCACAGCAUGAUUUCACAAUGUAUACUCAUACAAUCACAGUAUAAGUUUCUAAAACUUUUCACGUUGCGAAUAAAUAAUCACGAAUAAUGACAAUAAUCAUGAUAUAGGUAGGGUAGGGUUGCAACUGAACUGCAAGAUGUAUGCAACCAUUGAUACCACGACUCUUGAAAUUAUAAGUAGUAUGUCGUUUGAAUGAGCUGCAAAUUAUUGUUUUCCAUCAAAAUUGAGCUCAGACUGUGUACAGUUAGCAGCACUGAAAUAUGACAUCUAAUUUUACCUUAAGUGUAUAUACAUAUAUGCACCUUACUGUACUAAGGAAAUUAGAAAAUAAUUCUCUAAACAUUCGUAAUGGUUGGUCAUCUUAUCAUCAUUUCUCAUGUCAACAGCGCAAUUUUGAUGAAAGACUUGGUAUUUUAUUUAGACUUUUGUACAGUUAGGUAAUCACAAAUUAAGCUUGCUAUUUAAAACUUAAUUUGUACGAGAGAAUAAAUUGAAAUGCUCUAUUUAGAUGUAUUUUUAAGAUAUGUGCCUUAUAUAGUCAACGCAUAUCUUUUUCUCUUAACUGCUAGCAAAAUAGAUUUUUUUUUAUCUUAAAAUCUCUUUUAUAGCAGUUCUAUUUAAUAAUAUUUAAGUAGAAAAUGUAAUUUUAAUUGAAUUGGUUGUUUAAAAAGGUAUAAUUUUUCAAUUGUAAUUGGUUCUAUAUUUUUGAUUUAAAAAGGUGUGUUAAGAUUUAGCGCAUUCUACAUACUGAAUGGGCAAACAAUUCACUAUCAUUCCUUUGUUAUAAAUAUGGUAUUUUUUGAACAGCUAAAGCGGAAUUAUUUUUGAAGCCGAAGUUUCUAAUAUGCUUUUUAUAUUGUAAAAUUUCUAGUAAAACAAUUUUAGGAAGGUUUAUAACUACUACUCUAUACUCUAUUACUCUUUCUAUUUAUCUGUUUCUAACCAAUUUACAAUUUAAGUAGUCGUUAUAGAUGUUGCCUAUGAAGAUAAAACUGACAGGCUUAAAAUCAUCGAUUAAAUUGAAUCUUCCUUUAAAAUAUGUCUUUGUAACAUGUUAUUACCUAGUAUAUUCUGAAAAGAGAUACAAAAUUCUUGAUUAACUAAGUCGCAAGAAAUUGCACCCCAGGUCUCAAGGCCAAGAUGCAGGCAGCAGCGAUCUAGAACAUAAUAAACAUCAUACAAAAAUAUAUUUUAAAAUAUUAAAUUCUAAAAUAAGUCAAGAAUAAUUUGUAUGUAGCUUCCACGGACGCAGUCAGAGAAAAUAUAUGAUUUAAUGCCCGCCGUUACAAGAUAACGUUGUUGAAAUUUGAUGAAUUGUCAAUGUUACCUAAAAUGACUUUAAAUUGGUUUGAAAUAAAUAUUCAUUGUCUUCUAUCCGUAUGAAAUUACAGUAUAUUUUUGUGUUCUAAAUAUCCGGCCUCAAAUUUCUUUGGCAAUCUAAUCUCUAUCAAAAAAAAAAAAUCAUUAUACAUUUUAAGGAAAUUAAUAAAAAAUAUCUUACCGCUGACGAGUACUGCAGUCCACUGCAUGAAGUGUGUAUUUAGUUUUAAUGCAUGAAGAAACAAAUAACAGGUCGUUGAAGUCUCUGCGACAGUUCUUUUGUGAACCAUUAUUUUUUUUUUGAAAAUAAAGUUUAUACGAAAAUA